CGUAAUUAUAUGAAAAUUUAAAUAAACAAAAGAGAUAAAAAUGUCUAAUUUGCAGCUAAGGAUCGUCUUUUUCAAAUUAAAUUAAUUUAACUCUCUGAUUGAGAAUGGUAAACAAGAAAAAUUAUGGUAAACUUGUUAAAUACCGAAUUGCGCAGUACGCAAACAAAGGAUGAAAACAGUCUGAAAGAAUGCAAAAACGUCAAAAAAGUGUAUUUUGCAAAGUGGGAAUCGAUCAGCUGAUUUGACCUGAAUGCUAACCUAAAAGUUGUUUUUGUUUUGAUUGAGCAGGACGCGUAAUAAACGUUUUCGAAAUGGAUUUAAUUGAAUCAGUUGGCGUUCAAGUGCAGUCACUGCGCGGUUAGUGGCUGUCAGUGCAGUGUUUAUUUUAAUUUCUAUUUUGAAACAAUUGUUCUGAUAUUUUUAUCGGAAGACUAAUGAUAAAAACGAUAAGAUGUCAGGUGGAAGAGGGAUUCUUAGUUUACGUUUUAAUCAAGAUCAAGGAUGUUUCACAUGUUGUAUGGAAUCCGGACUCAGGAUAUACAACGUAGAACCGCUGGUCGAGCAAGCACAUUUCGAAAGCGAUUUAAUGGGCAGUAUCGCGAUAGGAGAAAUGCUCUGGAGAACAAAUAUAAUCGCAAUCGUUGGAGGCGGAUCGAAACCUAAAUACGCUGAUAACACAGUUUUGCUCUACGAUGAUCAAUUAAAGAAAUUUAUCAUGGAAAUCACAUGUACCGGUCCUAUUAAAGCAGUCAGAUUACGAAAAGAGAAACUAAUUGUGGCCCUUCAAAGAGAGAUCCAUGUCUUCUCCUUUCCUAUAGUUCGAAGGCUGCUCACACUAGAAACUAGGGAUAAUCCGAAAGGAUUAAUGGAAGUUGCUACCCUUGCGAGUGCACAUAAACAGCUGCUCGUAUUUCCAGGACACAAAAGGGGGAGUGUGCAAUUGGUCGAUUUGAGUACGAGAGAAACCGGAACUUCGAGUGCCCCGGCAACUUUAGCCGCUCAUCAAGGAGCACUGGCUUGUUUAGCAGUAAACGCGACUGGAUCGAUGCUGGCAACUGCUUCUGAACAAGGAACGUUAAUUAGAGUUUGGGACAGUAGCACAAGGAAACUUUUAGUGGAAUUAAGGAGAGGAACCGAUCCUGCCACACUUUAUUGCAUAAGCUUCAGCAGAGAUUCGGAAUAUCUUUGUGUUUCUGGUGAUAAGGGAACCGUUCACAUAUUCGCUAUCAAAGACACGCAUCUUAAUAAAAAAUCCACAUUUUCAAAAAUGGGAUUCCUGGGAAAUUAUGUCGACAGCCAAUGGGCUUUAACGAAUUUUACGGUGCCGCCUGAAAGCCCCUGUGUCUGUGCUUUUGGGUCAAAAAAUUCAGUAAUCGCCGUUUGUAUGGAUGGAACCUUUCACAAAUACGUAUUCACCCCGGAUGGAAAAAAUUGUAAUCGGGAGGCGUACGAUGUUUUUCUCGAUGUCUGCAAUGAUGAUGAUUUUUAAAUUGAGUGAUAUUCCUAGUUUUAAUGACUAUAUAAUUAAUCUAUUAUUUUAGAGAAAAAAAACUGUACAGUCUAUUAAAAACAAA